CGUUCGGUGUAAGACACACAGAGAAAGCAACAAAUCGAGGCGUAUAUUAUGCUGGUUUCCGGGACGCUCUAAUGGCGUUUCUCUCUCCUUUCUCUCUCUCUCUCUCUCUCUCUCUCUCUCUCUCUCUUUCUCCUUCCUCCAUUGAUUGUAGAGAAAGUUUGUAGCCACAGUACAGGUGGGCAGUAGUAUUCUUGUUCUUCUGGGUUGAGGCACCAAAGUCGAAGAUAAAAGCUAUAUGCCCUGCUGAGAAGUUGAACGGUGGGUACUGGAACGGUCACCAAAAGCCAAAAGGGCGGAGUUGUGAUAAAGUUUGCAGCUUUUUUCUCGGUUGUUUAAAGGGUUAUGCUUCAUACAUACCCAGUAUUUAUUGUGGGGUUGUUGAUCUCAAUAGCUAUUACUAGUUACUAGGUUAAUGAUGUGAUAAAAUGCCAGCAAUGCGGAGAAUUUAGGGUGAGGAUAUCUGGGCUUUCAUGAAUUUCUGAAAUUAAACUCCCUUUGCUUUGAUCAUGGCGACUAGAGGUUCCCUUUCUUCUCAGCAACAACAAAGCUACAUCUCAGCCCCAGGGCAAGAUGAUCAUCUCUAUGAGGAGCUAUGGAAGUUAUGUGCAGGUCCAUUGGUGGAUGUUCCGAGAAAUCAUGACAGGGUUUACUAUUUCCCGCAGGGGCACAUGGAACAAUUGGUGGCAUCAACAAAUGAAGAGUUGGAUCAGAAAACAUCCAUGUUUUCUUUGUCACCCAAGAUUCUUUGUCAAGUUGUUAACAUUAAGCUUCAGGUUGAACCAGAGACUGAUGAGGUUUAUGCACAAAUCACUUUGUUGCCCGAAGAUGAGAUGGAGCAUACAAAUAUAGAUUCUUAUUCUCGUGAGACUUCGAGUUCUCAUGAGCCUUCAAGGCCCAAAGUUUACUCUUUCUGCAAGGUGUUAACGGCAUCAGAUACGAGUACUCAUGGUGGAUUUUCUGUUCUAAGGAAGCAUGCGACUGAAUGCCUUCCUCCCCUGGACUUGAAUCAGCAGACUCCAUCACAAGAUCUGGUUGCCUUGGAUCUUCAUGGGAUCGAAUGGCGUUUUAAACACAUAUUUAGAGGCCAACCUCGAAGACAUCUGCUUACAACGGGGUGGAGUAACUUUGUAUCUUCAAAGAGAUUGGUUGCGGGGGAUUCAUUUUUAUUCUUGAGGGGAGAGAACGGGGAACUGCGAGUUGGAAUCAGACACCAUGCUCAGAAACAAAACUCUAUUCCAUCCUCGGUUAUUUCAAGUCGAAAUAUGCAUCUGGGAGUGCUUGCAACGGCUUCGCAUGCUGUUACCACGAAAACGCUCUUUGUUGUUAACUACAAGCCGAGACUGAGUCAGUUCAUAGUAGGCAUGAGGAAAUAUCAAGAAGCUGUUCAUCAAGGGUUCUCGGUUGGCAUGAGAUUCAAGAUGCGAUUUGAAGUGGAGGAUUCUCCGGAGAGAAGGUUUAUGGGCACCAUAGUUGGGGUUGAAGAUAUUUCUACGCAGUGGAAAGGCUCUGAUUGGCGAUCAUUGAAGGUUCAUUGGGAUGAGCCUGUCCCUAUUACGAGGCCCGACAGGGUUUCUCCAUGGGAUAUAGAACCUUUUGUGCCUUCAAUCCCUUCGUCACUUGCUUUACCGGUAGCACCAAAGAACAAAAGGCCUCGACAAGUUCUUGAAACCACCGUUUUGGAGCCUACACUGUCAACUGCAUCCACCGUUUGGAAUCCUUCCCUAGACUCGUUGCAAGCAAAUAGUAGUCCUCGGGGACAAAGAGUCGUGGAGUGUGCGUGGCCUUCUCAUGUGAAACCGAAUGCUUCAAACCACGUUCCCGCACACACUGUAGAACAGAAGGGCAAUCUAAUAACACGCCUCGGUGAUAAAAGAAAAUCCGAUGCUGCCCCGCCUUGUAGGUUGUUUGGUAUUGACCUGAAUAGCACCUCGGGGGGUUUAAGUAUCGAGAUCUCCAAGACACCGUCCUUUGGGGAUUCAGAGCAAAAAUCCGACCUUUCUAUUGAUACCAAAGCUCUGAAGCAAGAGCUAUCACAGGUCACUCAACCAAAGGAGGGCCAAACCAAUCAAAAUUCUUCUAUUAGAAGUCGUACCAAGGUUCAAAUGCAAGGGGUGGCAGUGGGGCGGGCAGUGGACUUGACAGCAAUAAAAGGAUAUGAUGAACUCAUAAGUGAACUCGAAGAUAUGUUUGAGAUCCACGGAGAGCUUCGCCCAAGAAAAAAAUGGGAAAUUGUCUUCACAGACGAUGAGGGGGACACGAUGCUUAUGGGGGAUCAUCCAUGGCUGGAAUUCUGUAGUGUGGUGAGGAGGAUUCUUAUUUGUUCGAACACUGAGGUGAAGAAAACGUCUUCAGUAACCGAAUCAAUAACUGUAAACGACAGAAAUUCCCCCUUCUAGUCGUAUACCAUCUUCCCGGAUUGUUUUUCUUGUCCACUCCCAUGGUCAAGGAAAAGACGUUGGGAGAACGAACAAGCCUUUCUAGUUUCUUUUCCUUUAGGCUGUCAGAAUUAUUGUCGCGUAACAAAAAUGAAAUUCUUGCAGAAUGGGAAGGGUCUGAGUACUAGAAUGCUAGUUGGCAGUUCUAUAUUGACACCAUCUGAUUGGGGGUAAAACUCCCAAGUUAGAACAAGUUGAGGUGUUGGACUCUGUUAAUGUGUAAACUUGUUUUCCAGUUGCAGUGGGCAAGUGUAGUUUGGUUUUUCUGUAUCUCUGUAAAUAUGGAAAAUGUUGUAUUUUGGUCAAUUUGGAAUCUCUGACUUGAACUGUAAACUCUGUUAAGGUAUCAACUGAUUGGAGGUAACAGUGGCACCACCUUGGUGCCCUUCUUUUUA